AUGGGUUCUCUGGUGGCCAAGCUCCUUCUGCCCACCCUCAGCUCCUUGGCCUUCCUCCCCACCAUCAGCAUCGCGGCCAAGCGGCGUUUCCACAUGGAGGCCAUGGUUUACUUCUUCACCAUGUUCUUCGUGGCGUUUUACCACCUUUGCGACGGCCCCGGGUUAUCAGUGCUGUGCUUUAUGCGCUACGACAUCCUGGAGUACUUCAGCAUCUACGGGACAGCCCUGUCCAUCUGGGUGUCCCUGAUGGCCCUGGCAGAGUUUGACGAGCCCAAGAGAUCGACCUUCAUCAUGUUUGGGGUCCUCACCAUCGCCGUGAGGAUCUACCACGACCGCUGGGGCUACGGCGUCUACUCGGGCCCCAUUGGGACGGCCGUGCUGGUGAUCACUGUCAAAUGGCUGCAGAAGAUGAAGGAGAAGAAAGGGCUCUAUCCUGACAAGAGUGUCUACACCCAACAGAUUGGUCCUGGCUUCUGUUUCGGGGCGCUGGCCCUGAUGCUGAGGUUCUUCUUUGAGGAGUGGGAUUACACCUACGUGCACAGCUUCUACCACUGUGCCUUGGCCAUGGCCCUCGUGCUGCUGCUGCCCAAGGAGAACAAGAAGGCCGGGAGCGGCGGGACCCCCGCCAGGCUGGACUGCUCCACGCUCUGCUGCUGCGUCUGA